AUGUGCGGAAUUAUCGCGUUAAUGCUUGCGAAUAAGUUUGAGCAUUGUAACCAGGGACUCUACGAUGGACUCACUGUAUUGCAACAUCGUGGUCAAGACGCUGCUGGUAUCAUGACAUGCGAGAAGAAGCGACUGUUCUUGCGCAAGGAUAAUGGUCUCGUACGUGAUGUUUUCAAGCAAAACCAUAUGUUAAAUUUGCGUGGUAAUAUGGGCAUCGGUCACUGCCGCUACCCGACGGCUGGUUCAAGCUCUAGCUCAGAAGCUCAGCCGUUCUACACCAACUCGCCUUACGGUGUAUCACUCGCCCAUAAUGGCAACUUGACCAACUCGCACGAACUUGUGGAUCAAUUGGCCAAUACUAACUUUCGUCAUGUCAAUACGGACUCGGACUCGGAGCUGCUGCUGAACAUUCUGGCCGAUGAGCUACUCAAGCGCGUAAACCAACCACUGGACACGGAAAUGGUGCUGGAUGCUGUCACUGGCGUUUUUAAGCGCUGUCGAGGUGGCUACGCGGCUGUUGUACUUAUCAAUGGCUUUGGCAUUGUCGCCUUUCGUGACCCACAUGGAAUUCGUCCCUUGGUGUACGGCACCCGCAAGAAUCAGCAUGGUACUGACUACGUCGUGGCUUCAGAGAGUGUCGCUAUUGACACGCUUGAGUUCAAGACGGAGCGUGAUUUUGCACCGGGUGAAGCGAUGGUUAUCAAGCAAAGUGGAGAGAUGACGACCCGCGCGUGUGUAUCUGAUGCUAAGCUGUCGCCGUGCAUCUUCGAGCACGUGUACUUUGCCCGUCCCGAUUCAUUCAUUGAUGGUGUAUCGGUGUACCAGGCGCGUCGUAACAUGGGUGCGAAGCUCGCCGAGAAAAUCCUCCGCGAACGCCCCAACCACGGCAUUGACGUGGUGAUCCCUAUCCCUGAUACAAGCCGCACGUCGGCACUUGAGGCUUCGCAGAGCAUGAACAUUCCGUACCGUGAAGGCUUUGUCAAGAACCGCUACAUUGCGCGUACUUUUAUCAUGCCCGGUCAGGUCGCGCGUAAGAAGACAGUGCGCAUGAAAUUGAACGCUAUUCGCUCCGAGUUUGAGGGCAAAGUUGUGCUUCUUGUGGACGAUUCCAUCGUGCGUGGCACCACCUCCCGCCAGAUUGUGCAGAUUGCUCGUGAGAAUGGCGCCAAGGCUGUGUACUUCGCGUCGGCUGCUCCGGCCAUCCGCCAUCCAAACGUCUACGGCAUUGACAUGCCCACGACAGAGGAGCUCAUCGCCUUUAACAAGACCGAGGCCCAGGUGGCCAAGGAGAUUGGCUGCGAGUGGAUGAUCUUCCAGGACCUGAAGGACCUGGAGGACUGCGUGCGGCAGGAAAACUCGGGACUUGAGAACUUCGAUUCGUCGUGCUUUAACGGCAUCUACGUCACAGGCGACGUGAACCAGGCUUACUUUGAGCGGCUGCACGCCGAGCGUUGCGAGGCGCGAAUGCAGGCGAAGAACAUGGGCUUUACUCCGUUUAACCGCACGAUCUCCACCCCCCAGUCCGAUGAGAGCAUUGAUAUGUACAACGCUCCGCAGUAA